AGUUCAAGUUCCGGUAACUGUUGGGGUGUAUUUGAUGUGAUUUUUAGUGGGUUUUCCAACUUAGUUUAUGUUGAUACCGAUAUCUGUACCAUUUUGAAAAGUUACAGAUAAUGUUCUGAAGAAAUGCAGUGAUGAAGAAAAGCAGAUAAUGCUCUGAAAUGGUAAGCUGUUGGUGCUCUGGUAUCCCGGUAUCAGACAGCAGUGCAGACGGCCCAUAAUUAAUAAUCCAACAAGUAACUUACUGCACUAAAUUCAUUUUCAGUGUAUUAAAUUGUGUUCUCGAUGUAGAUUUGCGUCCUCUAAGUGGAUGUCGAACAACUUAAGUUAAUUCAUCCAACGUAAUGUUUUCGGAGAAAGCCUAUAUUUAAAAUCAAUAAAUCUCAGCUUUAGUGACUGGUGUCUGAAAAAUGGAUUUUCGUAUUGAAUAUUUAUUCAAUACGUUUUGUUAACAUAGAAAUUAUAAUGCUAAUGCAUUACUUCGCAGUGCUUUCAGUCGCAGUUUAUGACAAGUCGCAAAUCACGACCUAAAGUUACUUUUUGUCACCAUUUCAAACUUUUUGGUCACCAUGAACAAAUCUAUAGUUUACUCGCCAUUUUGAAAACACAUUGUAAAUAAAACAUGUAUGUAUUUCUAUUAGACUUGUGGAGUACUGAUUGUCGCCGACUUUUGAUUGUCGGUCGCUAUAACUGAAACGAUGUGAACAGUGCUCCCACUGGACCAAAAUUCCCUUUCGCCACUUUUUCGUGGUGCGGCGCAGCGCAAAUAAUCUCAUGCUUUACAAUUAUUUCCAUCAUAUUAUUUUAUUCAUUACAUUACACUGAUUUUGAAUCAGUUACAUUACUUAAUCAUAUCCAGCAACCAUACCUAAACACUUCUUUCUGAAAUAAUAAGAAGUUGAUUUGUUUGAUAAAUUCUAUUAUGGAAAUCAAAAAUCAGAUAAUAAAUCAUAAUGAUAUAAAUAUAAACUUCAUGAUGCUACACCCCUCAGUGAAAACAUUGUGUACAUUGCCCGAAAUGGAGAUGUCCCAAAACAUCAAGCCCAAAUUAGAGUCUCAACCAUUCCCUAAUGAACUUCCGUUUUUGUAUGGAAGAUUUUGCAAUUAGGACAGAAUCGGAUGUUUAAGCAGGUGGGGUUGACAGUAAAGCCAAACAGAUAUUUUUUGAAUUUUAGACUGACUAUAGGGUCAGAAGCUACAAGUUUAGUGUCAAAAUAGUAUGGGGUGCAUAGUCUUAUGAGAUUACUGAGUCCCGAUGUUUCCAACCCAUGUUUUCUAAUCACUCCCUUGCAUGUAUAACAGAGUUGCAGACGAACACAAACAUCAUUACUUCACAUAAUUCACCUUCAACGUUUUAAAUACAUCAUCAGUGAAAGGAUAACUCAUGUAUGUGCAAAGAGAGAUAACCCGCAAUGUACGAUACUCGAUAAACACGUUUGAAAAAUGACGCGAUCGUGCAAAUACUUUUGUCCACAGUCUGUAGCAUUUUUAUACCGUUGCGCACCGAACUUCAGAACUUCAAAAAAAAUUAUAUAUUAAAAUUGCUAUGUCCAUAUCAAUGGUGACCGACCGCAAUGUUUAUGAAAUCAAACACAUCACAAUCAAAACAUUGUAAUCAACGAGCUUGGCCGCAAAAACAAACAAUUGAUGUAUAUACAUUAUAAACAAUAAUACGGCCAAUUUAAUUACCGGUCGGUCCUGUGGUUAAGAAUUGACAUUAAUGUGGAGAUAACACGAUAAUGAAUAAGACUUUAAAUGUUAAACAAUUGACCACAGCAGGGUAAACAGCUGUCCGAUGUACUUUAUUACAUAAUCACAGACUUUUUUGCAGCCAUACAUUACCUGCAGCUAUUAUCUGGCCUUCGUGACCAGCUCUGUGUGCACUGGAGCGACGCGAGAUUUCCGGUCGCACGCGUUGACUGAAUAAACAGAGUUUGACUGCAUAAACAAGCAGGUGAUAAAUGUGUCACUGACAAAGGAAAUUUUAAAAUACAAUUCAUUGCAAAGAGGGAUUUUCGCCACUUUAAUUUUUUUUUCGCCAUUUUUGAAUAAAAUUCGCCAUUGGCUCGAGCACUGGAUGUGAAUAAUCGGUUGUCAUUUUGUAAAUUGAAAAUCACUGACAUCAUUAUGGUAUAUUUUUUUAAUGAUACGAAUAUUCCUGCCGCAAUUUAACUAUAAACAAAAGGGCUGACGAAGCAGUCAUCCAAUAAGAUUGAAUAUUGUUUAAUGUCCCCAUCGAGAAUCUUUUUCUCAUAUGGAGACGUCACCAUUGUCGGUGAAGGCUGCAAAAUUUAGGCCUAUGCUCGGCGCUUACAGCUUUUGAACAGGGAGGGGGUCUUUAUCGUGCCACACCUGCUAUGACACGGAGCCUCGGAUUUUGCCUCUUACGACAAGCAAAGGGUACUGAGGCCCUAUUCUAACCCACAUCCCAUAAGAACAACAAUAAAAGUCAAGAGAUCUAUCCUUAUCCAGGGAAAACAAAAAUCAAAAUAGAAAGUAUGGGAUUAUUAACUUCUCAUUUCUAAUGAAUUUAUUCUAAUUGAGAUGAUAUUUAGGGUAAAAAGUAAAGUGUAAUAUUUAUGCCAUAAAUUUUAAAUGAAUGAAAUUUGAUUAUUUUUCGAUUAAUCAAUUGAAAAGGCGCAUCCGAUAAUUUAUUAAUAUUUUUUUCCCAAUUGUCCACUAAUGUCUAUAUAUCUAUCCAUCUUGGUUAUGCUGUGAAAUGUAACUUACAUUUAAUUUCUAGUUGCAAAAUAUAAAUUUUUGGGUCGCAAAUGCAACUUCAAGCUCUUGCACUGAGCGUUAUGAUUUAAAUUUGUUCAAGUCCUAAAGGUCAGGCCAGAAUUUUACCAUGAAAAUAAAACCUUGUAAUUUACUGCAACACAAUGUGCCCAAUCUUGUGGUUCAUUUUCCUGAAGUUAACAGGAUUCCUUCCUUUCUUUCUUUAUUUUGGCACAACACAGGUCAGUUGACUAUUUGUACUAGCUCUUAAAAGUUGAGAAAGUCUUGGGGUUGGCAAAUCAAAUUCAGAAUUACAAUUACAUACUUUUUAUCUAACCAUAUAUUGUCCAUGACAGAAUUUUCAUCAAAUCUUCAAUGUCAGUACUAUCUAUCAAUUCUAAGAAAUGUGAAUAUGUUCAAAGUUCAAGUGUUUGUAUCUGUAUACAAGAUGAGUUUUUAAAACUUGUGUAAUAAUUCUGAUCAUUUGUAUAGGUUUAUGUGCUUCAUUUUUAUGUGCUUACAAAGCAUAGCAACAUUGAAACUUUAUUUUGUCUGUCUGUAAGUGUUCGUGAGUCUGUCUGUCCAUUAUUUGUGAAUUUGCAUGGCAUCUUGUUCACUUUCAUUUUGUUAGAAAAUAUUUAAUUAUGUGCAAACUUAGGUUCAUAAACUUGGAUGCCUGUGUUAUUUUCUUGUUAGUAGAAUGAAAACAGUCGCAGUGAAAAAGUAACUGUAUCUAUGGUGUGCCUAAAGGUUAUCGUAUCUUAAUCAAACAGAUAUUUAUCAUUCAGGACUGUGAAGUAUUAUCAUGAUUAUAGUGAACCAUAGGUGUGAUAUGUUUUGAGAAGUCCUAGUAUCAAAUUCACUUUGGAGUAAUGAUUGAAUUUUACACUUAAUCGCUGCAAAAGAAUACAGAAUUUCUCCAUUUUGUUUUUGAUAUGGAAAAUUUGGGAACUUUCCUGUUAUUUACAUUUUCUGCAUGCUGUAAAAGCUGACUUCUAGCUGUUUUUUUUUUUUUUUUUUUUUUUUUACAAUUUUAUUGUCAACGCAUAUCUUAAAGCAGGGUAACAGGUGUAUUUUCACAAUUAAAGUAGGACAGCAAGACAGUGAGGACGAUGGAUUCUGAUGUACUUUGAACUGCCUCACUACAUUUGGUAUGUAGAGCAGCAGUGUGUUUCCGGUUUUCAUUACGCUGCUGGGGUCCCUCUGGGUUAUACUGUAAGAAUUCUCUCCAAUAUCCAGAGAAGACAGUCUUCAUGGAAAACUUUUUGGAGCUUUGUGUCUUUUUAUGUCUGGACUAUUUACUCUAUCAAUUUGAAAGAGAAAUUCACUGACUCAAAUCAAACAUAAAGUAUUAUUUUCUCCAGUUUUGAGAGUACAUGAAAUCAUUGAGAGGGUUUUAGCACAGGCAGUUAUAUUGCUCGGGUUCGAAUUUAUUAUUAAAGAGUAAAUUUGAACCCAAGCGAUGUAAUAUAUUGCCUGUGGGUUUUAGUCAAAAUUAGUUCAAUUUAAGUGAUAUAGGAUCACCAUCUUUAAUAUUGAUUAUGAAUCAUCACUCCAUUUGAAUUUAUGGUAAUAUAGUUUUAGCAUGAAGUCAGUGAUGUAGAUGAAAAACACAGGCCUGAUGGUCUUGUAUAUGUAAUGAUAUAAUAAUCCUAACUCCAGUAUUACUUCAUUUGGUAUUUGAGCCAGUGGCUGAUUUUGAAGACUGAGAAGGGCGAUUGUGUUGAUAUUGUUAAAAGUGUCUUUGUAUGUCCAGAGAAGGCUAUCUUCAGUUGGUUAUGCUGUCAGAGAAGGGCAGUCUUAGUUAUGCUCUGAGAGAAGGGCAAACUUGGUUAUGCUGUAAGAGAAGGGUGAUCUUGGUUAUACUGUCAGAGAAGGGCAAUCUUAGUUAAAUGCUGUGAGAGAAGGGAGAUCUUGGUUAUACUGUCAGAGAAGGGCAAUCUUAGUUAAAUGCUGUGAGAGAAGGGAGAUCUUGGUUAUAAUGUCAGAGAAGGGCAAUCUUAGUUAUGCUGUGAGAGAAGGGAGAUCUUGGUUAUACUGUCAGAGAAGGGCAAUCUUAGUUAUGCUGUGAGAGAAGGGAGAUCUUAGUUAUGCUGUGAGAGAAGGGAGAUCUUGGUUUUGUUGUGAGAGAAGGACAAUCUUGGCUAUGCUGUCAGUUUUUUUAAGUAGAACAUGACCUAUCCAUUUCCAUUAUUGUCUUACUGAUAGUUUCCAUGUCCUUCUACUGAGACUUGUUGAGAACUUUAGAGAUAAUUGUCUGGUGAAUGAAUGAACCACGGAAAUUGGAUACUAAAAUUGAAAUAAAUUCUAAACAGAUAUAUCAUAAUUCAUGAGAGAGAUUUCAAAGACAGAAAAUCUAUACUUGGUAAUGUGUGUCGUUCCAUAUCUUGUAUCUGAUUUGUUACACGUUUCCUGGACAGUGUGUUAAUGAACUGUACUGAAGAGUCGACUCUCAGUAAAACAGCUGAAUCUGACCAACAUGAUGCAAUGUGUGUUCAGUUAUUAAUGUAGUGCAUCAUCACUCAUCAGUAUAAAUCAACUAUCACAUCUCAAAGAGAUGUAGCAGAAAAAAAACAAAAAACAUCAUAUAAUACAAACUGCAAUUGUAGCAUUGUGCUGUAGGAGUUUGAGUUUGAUUAACAGAUUUAGUGUGAUUGCAGGUCUUGAUUUGCGGUUGUGAUUGGAGCAUUAAUGACCUGCAGACCUGUUAAUAUAACAAGUCAAUCAAAACAUGUUACAUAACCACGGUACAAUUUAUACUAGGAUUUUAAUGAUAAUGAUGGAAGUUUGGUGUAGGUAUAUUUUUAGUUUGAUUUUAGAUAUAUGAAUUUAUUUAAUAUUUUGUUUUAUUAUAGUUUGCGUGGAGAUAAGAACAGUUAUUCUGAUAUCGGAGAACCAAGAUGGCAGCAGCGGCUGGGGCAGCAGCCUGGAAGAUAACAGGUGAAGAUCGUGCUAAGCAUGACUCGCAGUUCUUCCAGCUUAAGCCUGUCAAUGGCUUCAUUACAGGAGAACAAGCGAGAGGGUUUUUCCUGCAGUCGGGGUUGCCAACAGCUGUUUUAGGGCAGAUAUGGCAACUAGCUGACAUGAACAGUGAUGGCAAAAUGGACAAAAAAGAGUUUUCAAUAGCGAUGCAUUUAAUAAAAAAGAAGCUGCAAGGAUUUGAGCUUCCAAAAACACUUCCACCAUCACUGAAAGCUGACCCUUCGCCGUCCAUGGGAUCGUUUGGUGCCAUAUCCACGGCAGGACAACCUGUGAUGGGAAUGGGAAUGCCGGCGAUGGGAAUGGCCUCUACUGUGGUAGCACCUAGCAGUAUGGGCGUGCCCAUCAUGACUAAUGGAGUCCCCAUGAUGGGUGUACCACCAUCCGUGGGAGUACCUGGUGCGAUGCUGGCUAACAAAUCAAGAGCUGGUUCCUUUGGACAACCAGCUCCAGCACCUGCACCGGCAGCAGGGAAUAUGGCACUGCCACAUCCCAGCAAAUUAAAAUAUACCCAGAUGUUUAAUUCCCACGACAGAAACAAACGAGGCCAUCUCACAGGCGUGGAAGCGAGAUCACUGCUGGUUCAGUCAGGCUUACCUCAACCGAUGCUAGCGCAAAUCUGGACAUUGGCUGAUUAUGACAAGGAUGGGAAACUGACAUGCGAUGAGUUUUGUGUGGCCAUGCACUUGGCUGACUUAGCAAGAAAUGGGAUCCACCUACCGGCUGUACUGCCCCCCGAACUGGUUCCCGUUAAAUCACGAUCGGGAAGUUUCAGCGCUCCAGUGCCCAUGCCACCCACAUCACAGGAAUUAUAUACAUACUGGGCUCCUGCAAAGGGGAAUGCGUUUGGUGACCUCCUGGGAGGAAUGGGGAUGCUCCCUCCCCAGCCUGCCCCUCCAGCUGCCGCCACCAAUGGGGAGGAUCAGUUACAAGAUGACGAUAAACUUGGUUUCACAUUUGAAGACCGUCGUAAGCAGAACUUUGACAAAGGCCAGGCGGAGUUGGAGCGUCGCCGUCAAAUGUUACAAGAUCAGAUGAAACGUGAAAACGAAGCCAGGAUGGAGAAGGAAAGGCAAGAACAGGAAAAGAGGGAGAAAAUUAGGCAGGAACAAGAGAGGAGAAGAUUGGCAGAAAUGGAGCGACAGAUGGAAAAACAAAGACAGAUAGAAAGAGAGAGGGAAGAACAAAGGCAGAAAAUGAUGGAACAAAGAGAGGCUGCACGACGAGAGCUGGAGCGACAGAGACAGAUGGACUGGGAAAGACAGAGGAAGGAGCAGUUAUUAUCGGAGAAAGCCCGGGAGUACGAACAACUGGGCAUCAUGAAGUCCCGGGCAAGCAACCUCAAGUGUGAACUGGAAUCACAGCAAGGAAAGAAGGCAGAGAUUAGGCAAAAAAUUGAGCAAGUUAGAAAUGGUGUAACUGACUUCACCAACAGUAUAGAAGGGAUGAGGAUAACUAGAGACUCCAAAAACAGUGCAAUGGACAAACUUCAAACCGACAUCAAGGAAUUUAGUGACAAACUGGUACAACUGCAAUCCGAACGAGAGUCCCUGAAUUACCGAGUACAAACCUCAGUACAAAAUAAUCCAUUGACUGAUGCACACCGUACAGUAUUACAUGGAGUGGAAUUAAAGAAGACUUCACUGCAGAAACUAAGGAAAGAGCUGGAAAACAUAGAAAGAGAAACUGAAAGUAAACUGCUGGAAAUUGACAAGCACAAUGCUGAAUUAGAGGAAAUGAAAAAGACGCUAUCGUCAGCGGAGGAUAAAAUGAAGAAGCAGCAACAGCAGAAACAUGAAGCCUCACUGCAACUGAAGCGGAAACAGGAAGAGGAAGAUAGAGCACGAGCUCAGCAGGAGAAGGAGAAACAGGAAAAGCUCAGGAAAGAGCUGGCGGCUCAGAGACUCAAGGAGGAGGAAGAAGAGAAAGCAAAAUCCACAUCUAGUAACGACGCUUGGGCGGCGUUCAGUAACGAUACUCAGUCAACCGCGGCGUCUAACGACAUCUGGUCAGCAGCUUUUGCAGACGUCAAGACGGACACUUCCCAGGCAUCCAGUGACAUCUGGGACAGUGCGUUCUCUAGUCAGACAACAACAGUAACCUCAUCAAGCAGUAAAGGUUGUAGAUAUAAGGCCCUGUAUCCCUUUGAGGCCAGAAAUCAAGAUGAAUUAAGCUUGACUCCAGAGGACAUUGUUUGGGUACCCGAGGACCAGACAGGAGCAGAAGAAGGAUGGAUAGGAGGAGAAAUGAAUGGAAAGAAGGGCUGGUUUCCCAGGGACUAUGUGGAGAAGCUGCCAGAUACUCAGUCUAGUCAAUUCAAUGCUUUUGGCAAUGCUUUCAGCUCUGAACCAGUAGCUUCAGCAUUUCCUCAGAAAGAAUCUCUCUAUAGUACCCCCGCAGAAUCCCCAACGCCAGGGCAGGGAUCGACCGCCCCUGAGGGCCUUCAAGCCCAGGCCCUUUAUCCAUGGAAAGCCAAAAAAGAAAACCAUUUGUCCUUUAAUAAAGGGGACAUAAUCCAGAUCAAAGAACAGCAAGAAAUGUGGUGGUCUGGGGAACUCCAGGGACAGGUUGGCUGGUUCCCCAAGUCCUAUGUCAAACUUGUCAGUGGACCAGUUUCCAAACAAACAUCUAGAUCUGGUACUCCAAUGGGAACAAGUGCAGCUCCAGUGGUUCCUGUUGAAACUAAUGAUAAAAGUACACCAACCAUUGUAGAACACACUGCUGAAGCUGAACCAUUUGUGGCAAUGUUCACCUACACAUCCUCGGAAGCAGGGGAUCUGACGUUCAACCAGGGAGAGACAAUCCUGGUGACUAAGAAAGAGGGUGACUGGUGGACAGGGUCACUGGGUGAAAGGUCGGGAAUCUUCCCUGCCAACUAUGUCAAGGCCACUGAACAACAACAGGCACAGCCAACGUUUAGUCCUACACCAGCGGUCCAACCCACAAUUCAGGCCCCACAAUCAGCUACCAGUCAACCAGCUCAGCAAAAAUCGGGAACCAGUUCAACGUUAAAAAAACCAGAAAUAGCAUCAGUGAUAGCGGCCUACACGGCUACAGGAGCUGAGCAGCUGUCCCUCAAUCCGGGUCAGUUAAUUCAGGUCCGCAAAAAAAGCCCCAGUGGCUGGUGGGAAGGGGAACUGCAGGCCCGUGGCCAGAGGAAGAAGAUUGGAUGGUUCCCUGCUAACUAUGUUAAGAUUCUUGGUGGAUCCAGCGCUCGGUCUACUCCUGACAGUACCUCUCAAAGUGGCUCACCUGCAAACACAUUACAUCGGACUGCCACGCCCACUAUUCCAGCCCCUCAGCCUCAGAAGUCUGCCAUUGUGGAGAGUAAAUAUGUUGAUCAGGUGAUAGCUCUGUACCCCUACACUGCCCAGAACGACGAUGAGUUGACAUUCCACAAAGACUCUGUGAUUAACGUAAUUAACAAGGAGGAUGCUAAUUGGUGGCAAGGCGAGCUCAACGGGACGCUCGGAAUGUUCCCCGCCAACUAUGUGGGAUCCCUCACCUCUUCUCCUCCCCAGGAAAACACCUGGUCCAGUGAUCCAGCAGUACUUGCCCAAACUUCCUCCGUGGAGAGUAAGAGACAGAACUACAUACAUGAACUGAUCAACACAGAGGAAACAUACAUGGCUGAUAUGUCUAUAGUGCUGGAUGCAUUCCACGAACCGAUGGAGAGUGCAGGUGUGAUGACACACGAGGAGCUGGAAACGAUAUUUGUAAACUGGAAGGAGCUCAUUCUGUGCAAUACUAAACUCCUCAAGUCUGUACGAGUCAGAAAGAAGAUGUGUGGGAAAGGACAGGUCAUCCAGAUUAUUGGCGAUGUCCUCUGUGAAAAUAUACCCCACAUGACCCCUUACAUCCGGUUUUGCAGCUGCCAGUUAAAUGCUGCAGCUUUGAUUCAGCGAUACACAGAGAACAGUUCAGAGUUCCGAGAAAUCCAAAAGAAAUGUGUUCAAGAUCCCAAAACAAAAGGGAUGCCUUUAAGCAGCUUCCUGCUGAAACCAAUGCAGAGGAUCACGAAGUACCCACUGAUGAUCCAGAAAAUAUUACAAUACACCCCCGAGAAUCAUCCGGACCGCCAGAACCUGGAAGAUGCCCUCAGUAAGGCAGAGGAACUCUGUAGCCAGGUCAACGAGGGCGUACGUGAACGUGAAAACUCCGACAAACUGGAGUGGAUGCAGAACCAUGUCCAGUGUGAGGGAUUACAGGAGAAGCUGAUUUUUAAUUCUGUGACUAACUGCCUCGGACCGAGAAAACUACUUUACCAUGGAACACUGUAUAAGGCCAAAGGUCACAAGGAAUUGUUCACCUUCCUGUUUAACGACUUCCUGCUAUUAGCCACACCCCUCAGUAGUGCUACCUCAUCAUUCCUGUUUGAUUUCAAAACAAAAGCCCAGUACAAAAUGUAUAAAAGUCCCAUAUUCCUGAAUGAGGUGAUGGUGCGGAGAUUAGGUGAGGAUGAUGGCGAGUGUCUGUUACAGGUGUCUCACGUGGACCGUGUCUACAACCUAAAGGCCCCGAAUCUCACCGAAAGAGAAUCCUGGGUAAGGCAUAUCGACGCUGCGUCCAAACUUUUCCUGGACACUGAGAAGAAAAAGAGGGAGAAACUAUUUAACUUGGGGCAGAAAUCCCACAUGGUGGGUAGGCUUUUGGUGAUAAUCCAGGAAGGGAUUAACCUUUCCCCAACAGCGGACGUGCGCAAGAUAAACGGCGUGGGUCGGUUACUGGUGGUGUUGUUGGAGGGUUGUGAUUUACAGGCCAGUGAUGCCAAUGGAAAGAGUGAUCCUUACUGCGAAGUGAGUAUGGGGGUACAGGAACACAAAACCAAGGUCAUCAAUGCGACCUUGAACCCUCGCUGGAAUGCCUCCAUGCAGUUCACGAUCAAGGAUCUAGAGCAGGAUGUCCUUUGUAUUACUGUGUUCGACAGAGAUCUGUUUUCGCCAAAUGAUUUCUUGGGACGAACUGAAGUCAGAGUGAAUGAAAUUUUAGAAGAAUCCAAAACACGUAAAGGACCAAUCACAAAGCGGUUAUUAUUACACGAGGUCUCCUCGGGUGAAGUAGUGGUCAAAUUGGAUUUACAGCUCUAUGACAACUCUUGAUAACAUCAGGAGACCACAGCUAAUGGUUGUUUAUAAAGACACUGUGUAGGAAAGUGUUGUGAAGCUGGAGUUUGUUCAGAAUUUUAAUGGAAAAGUGAAAUGAUUCCAAAGACUUCAUUUGUUGUGUCAAAAUACACAUUUACAACACAUUUAACGUGUGAUCGCGUGCUAUAAGUGAUGCAGUAUAGUUAAAACGUUUUAUGAAUAUUUUAUUCCCUUCCUGGACACCUGACAUGUGUUCAGAGGAUGUGACAUUUCGGAGAUCAGCUAGAUCCAUGUGUUAGAGUGAUUUUAAAAUAAAUCCAGAACAGUUUUUCAUUGCCAUUUUAAAAAUAAGUCGUUUAUAGAUUUAAUUAUCUAAAAUUUGAUUUUAGACAAUUAUAUCAUGCAUAUGAGAUUACAAGAUUCUGUGAAUUCAAGAACUCAUUAGAGAGAACUUGUCAUUCUGUGUUGAGGUGGAGCUUGAAUGGAAGAAACAGACACAAAAAGUGCUAAAUCAGCAAAAGUGCAUUGUAUGCCGAGUCAGAGACAUUUGAAAGAACUGUUGACAUGUCCCAUGAUUUUGUAUGUUCAUCUUAUUGUCUCUUUACAAACAAUGCAUACUGAUAGUUUAUUGAUAGAUAGUGGAAAGAGAAUAAUCUACAUAUUGGGUUAAAACAGCAGUGGUUUUGAAUAAGAUGAGUCGUGGAGUUGACCUAUAGUGCAAUACAAUCUUUGUAAUAGUAGUUGUGUUUGUGAUAUAGAAAAUAGACAUGAAAUGCAUUGUAUUUAUACAUAACUGUAAAUCAGUACGGCAACUAGUAUUUGUUAGCGUUGGAAGACAUUUUCUGAGUGAUGGACUUGAGGAAAUGUUCAAUUGAUUUGAAUAAAGAAUGAGAUCAU